AUGACGACUUUAAUCUCAUCAUCUCGAAAAUCAAAUCAAAUUGGAUCUGUUCCAUUCAACGAUGAUAUUUAUUCCAUAUCGUUAUACCGCUCCAAAAAUUAUCAUUUACACUUAAACAUAGGACCUUUCUUCGUCCUCUAUGCUAUAUGGUUCUCCGUAUGGGCCUUUCAUUUCGGUCUAGGAGAAUAUCCCGAAUUAGGAAUGAUUGUUACUGUCAUCAUUGCACUUCUACAAAUCAUUACAUGUCUGUUUUGUUACUGGUUUGUGGAAAUACGUGCAUUCAUGCAAUGUAUACCUGAAAAAGAUCCGUGGAAAGCUGAACUCGUUGUUGUAAAACCAACAGCAAACAAUGGUUAUUCAGAAAUGGUUUCACUUCAUCAUGGAAAAAAUCCCCAUGACCAUCGUGAACAAUCAUGGUUUAUUUUUCAAAAAUGUCGAUAUAUCUACGACGAAAGCGAAAAGAAGACGUUCAAAACCAUUGACUAUCCAUUAUCAAACUCAUUUCAAUCAUAUCUCCAAUCAAAAGGUUAUCAAACUCAAGACGAAAUCGAUCAAGGAAUAUGGAAUUUUGGACUUAAUAAAAUGGUGAUUGAUAUUCCGAAGUUUAUCGACUUAUUUAUUGAACGAGCAACGGCACCCUUUUUCGUCUUUCAAGUAUUUUGCGUUCUACUCUGGUGUUUGGAUGAAUAUUGGUACUACAGUUUAUUGACAUUAUUUAUGUUGAUCAUCUUCGAGAUAACAUUAGUUCAACAGCAGAAACGUAACAUGGCUAUGAUUCGUCAAAUGGGUAAUCAGCCGUACAAAAUCAAUGUUUAUCGUCAACGAAAAUGGAUCAAAAUUGACACAACAGAUAUUCUACCGGGUGAUCUAUGUUCCAUUCUCCGAAGUAAUGAAAACAAUCCAUUACCUUGUGAUAUGUUACUCCUACGUGGACAAUGCAUUGUCGAUGAAUCCAUGUUAACAGGCGAAUCCAUACCACAAAUGAAAGAACCAAUUGAAAAUGCCGAUGAAAGUACAGUGUUCGAUUUUGAACGUCAUGCAAAAUUACAUGUGUUAUCAGCUGGCACAAGAAUUGUUCAACAUACCCCACCAGCAAAGAUGCAAGGUGGAAUGAAAGCGGGUGACAAUGGUUGUAUUGCUUAUGCGCUUCGAACUGGUUUUAGUACAUCCCAAGGCAAAUUAUUGAAAACGAUCUUAUACAGUGUUAAACGAGUGACGGCAAACAAUUUAGAAACCUUUCUCUUUAUCUUAUUUCUUCUUAUCUUUGCCAUUGUUGCAGCAUCGUACGUUUGGAUCGAAGGUACAAAAGAUCCCAGACGUAAUCGUUACAAAUUAUUCAUUGAAUGUACAUUGAUCUUGACGUCUGUCGUUCCACCGGAACUACCAAUUGAAUUAUCGCUUGCGGUGAACACAUCUUUGAUUGCCUUAGUUAAACUUCUUAUCUAUUGUACUGAACCAUUCCGCAUCCCAUUUGCCGGAAAAGUUGACAUAUGUUGCUUUGACAAAACUGGCACAUUGACAAGUGACGAUCUCGUUGUAGAAGGUGUUGCUGGAAUACAAAAUUCUGAUGAUCCCGUUUCAUUAGCAAAAAUCGAUGUACAAUCACCUGUGAAGCAAGUUCUUUUGACCUGUCAUGCAUUAGCUAAUCUCGACGGAGAAAUCAUUGGUGAUCCAUUAGAAAAAGCGACAUUGAAUGCAUUGGAAUGGACAGUUACACGGGGCGAUACAGUCACGCCUGUGAAAGGUCGUGCGGGACGCUGGCAAAUAGUUCAACGUUAUCAUUUCCUCAGUGCUUUGAAGCGUAUGUCAGUUAUUGCUGGACAAAGUCCAUCGCCUUCGAGCAAUGAAAUAACCUACAUCGUUGCCGUCAAAGGAGCACCGGAAACACUGAAACCGAUGUUCAGCAAAAUACCUGAUCGUUACGAUGAAAUUUAUUUACGAUUAUCAAGACAAGGAGCACGUGUGCUGGCAUUAGGACAUCGAUCACUUGGAGUACUGUCGAACCAACAAUUACGAGAACAGUAUCCAACACGGAGUUCCGUGGAAUGCGAUUUGGAUUUUUGUGGCUUUGUAGUACUGUCAUGUCCAUUGAAACCGGAUUCGAAAGCAAUGAUUCGAGAACUUCGUCAUUCUUCUCACCAUUUAACGAUGAUCACAGGUGACAAUCCAUUGACUGCUUGCCAUGUAGCAAAAGAAUUACACUUUACACGCAAACCAUUGUUGGUUCUCACGGCUCCGACUGCUGACACAAGUGCAUGGAAAUGGGAAUCAGUGAAUAAAGAUAAGAAUUUACCAAUACAGCCAUCGAACAUGCGAGAUUUGACGGGAGAAUACGAUCUUUGUGUCACUGGAGAAGGUUUGGCACAUCUUAGUACGUUACCAACUUCGUUUUUAAAUGCCAUAAUGCCUCAUGUGAAAGUCUUUGCUCGUGUAUCACCAAAGCAAAAGGAACAAGUGGUCAUCAAAUUGAACAACCUUGGCUUUGUUACACUGAUGUGUGGUGAUGGUACGAAUGAUGUUGCCGCACUUAAACACGCACAUGUUGGUGUGGCUCUAUUGGCCGGUGUUGCUGCUAAACGAGCAGAACAACAACAAGAGAAUACGACAACAUCUGCCAGCAAUGUGCAACCACCGGUAGUGGCAACAGCUUCACCCCAGCCACAAGCUCUUACGCCAGCAGAAGCAGCGCAGCGUGCUCGAGAACAAACGAAAAAACGUAUCGAAGAACUUUACAAACAAAUGGACGAGAAUGAACAAACCAUCGUUCGACUUGGCGAUGCAUCCAUAGCCGCGCCAUUUACAUCCCGCACAUCGACAAUUCAAUGCGUUUGUCAUAUCAUCAAACAAGGUCGUUGUACACUCGUAACAACAUUACAAAUGUUUAAAAUCCUCGCAUUAAAUGCAUUGAUCCUCGCCUAUAGUUUAAGUGUACUCUAUCUUGAUGGAAUCAAGUUUAGUGAUGGACAACAUACGCUUCAAGGUCUUUUAUUAGCUGGCUGUUUCUUGUUCAUAUCAAGAUCGAAGCCAUUGAAAACAUUGGCUCGGGAACGACCACUGCCAAAUAUAUUCAAUCUAUAUACGUUAAUAUCGGUUCUGGGACAAUUUGCGAUACAUUUAACAGCGUUAAUCUUUGUUGUCAAUGAAGCACAUAAAAGAAUUCCACCAAAAACGGAAGAAUUUGCUGAUCUAGAAGCGGAAUUUUCGCCGAAUCUAGUCAAUUCAUGUGUUUAUAUCAUGUCGGUAACUCUACAAAUAGCGACAUUUGCUGUAAACUAUCAAGGCCACCCAUUCAUGGAGAGUCUUCGUUCGAAUAAGCCACUUCUCUAUAGCAUCGUCUUUUCAUUUUCACUUGUUAUCAGUCUUAUUUUCAAUCUACUUCCACAACUUACAGAACAAUUUCAAAUUGUACUUAUUCCUGACGAUAUGCGGCUGAUUGUUUUUUAUGUUGUGCUUGGUGAUGUCGUUUUAGCAUAUGUUAUCGAUCGAGUGUUGGCAUACUUUCUUGGUCAAGCGAAAUUGAAACAAUAUUAA